AUGAUCUCUUCGCAGGAAAUCGGUGCAGCCGGCGCAUGCUUCCACAAGCCACUCGCUGAGUGCUUGGAUACUGCAGUGAAUGAAGUCUUUCCCAACGUUAAGAAAACUCAGCUGAAAAUUCUCGAUGCUGGAGCUGGAACCGGGCCGAUAGGAAUAGAGCUUCUUAAACUUGGUUACACUGACAUCCACGCGUUAGAUAUCUCGCAAGAGAUGCUGAAUAUAGCUAAAGACAAAGGCGUGCCAUAUAGGAGAUUUAUCUGCUGCCCCCUAACAGAAAAGAAGAUUGAUGAGCUUGAAACUGGAGAAUUUGAUGCUCUGAUUUCUGCUGGAACGCUGAUAAAGGCUAACGUUCGUCCUGAGGCUUUGGUGGAGAUGAUUAGAAUAGUGAAGACUGGUAAGCCUUGUUUACAUUGGUUUAUUUUGUGUUUGUUUCUUUUUGAGGUGGCAGGAGCAAAUAGCCCGAAUCUCGCUCCCAUUUUACUUUGAAAUCCCGAAUCCCAGCCUUCAUACAAGGCAAUUCCCAGACCCCGAAAAACCUAUUGGGUUGCUCAACUACCCGUUCCUCGACAGUUGUCGAUAUUCCGGAUUCCACAACCUAGGAUUCGGGAUUCAACAAGCAAACAUUUCCCGGCUCCGGAAUCCCGCGGAUUCCUUUACAUUCGGCGAUCCAUCCAGUGGAAAACGCAACCGAUUUCCAUAAUACAUAACAGCUGGAAAGUGAUUUAUCCAAAGGAUAGACUACGAGUAGUCCCCAUUUUUCCUCAGCGAUAGUAGAGCGAGCCAAACGCGACCGCGCGUGAAACUCACGCCACCGUGACGUCUCGCCUUUCUCGCGUAGGUAAAUUUUCACGCGCGCUCGCGUUUCGUUCGCUCUAGUCUCUCUGAGGAAAAAUGGGGACUUCUCGUAGUCUAUCCAAAGGAUAGCGCUAUCCAACAUUUGAAACAGGGACCAAAUGGUUACAGUGAUUGCAUGUAUGGUACCCACUUCUCACUUAAUUCUUGAUAGCUCAAUGGAUAUUUUUAUCGUUCAUAGGUGGACUCGUCUGCUUUUCACUGCGUUACAAUGAAGUAGAUGACUACCAACCAAAGAUGACGGAGCUAGAGGAAGCUGGAAUCUGGGAAAAACUCUCCGGCAAGAAAAUCCCUUAUUAUAACAGGGAAGACAUGCCAAGUUACGGCUUUGGCUUCGUGUACAAAAUUUUGAAAAACUGA